AUGGUAGUAUACUUUCAUUGAUCCCUUCAGAACAAAGAAACGUCUAAUAAAAAUAAACCAAGGGAGCCCAAAGCUGGAAACUGAGAAAGCUAGGAUCUUUCAAUGUUCCAGAAAGAACAUUUUGCAUAAGAAGAAGAAGAAGAAGCUGCCAAUCCCAACAAUCACAGCCUUCCCAAUUUUCAUUUACAGGUUUGGCUUUAACAGCAGCAGCACGACUAGCAUGACACUCGGGAGUCGCUAAAAGGGUGUGAGUUUUUCUAAUAGCAUUAAUGGGCUGCAUUUCCUCGAAGAAAGCUAGAAAAGCACCCGGGUACGAGGAGCCUACUGUCCUUGCUACUGAAACUCCUUUUACGGUGAGUGAAAUAGAAGUCCUCUAUGAGCUAUUUAACAAACUAAGCAGAUCAAUAAUAAAUGAUGGGCUUAUUCACAAGGAAGAAUUCCAGCUUGCACUUUUCAGGAACAGAAAUAAGAGGAAUCUCUUCGCUGACCGGAUAUUUGACUUGUUUGAUAUCAAGCGAAAUGGGGUCAUCGAGUUUGGAGAAUUCGUUCGAUCAUUGGGUGUCUUUCACCCAAAUGCAGCUAUAGGAGACAAAAUUUCAUUUGCAUUCAGAUUAUAUGAUCUAAGGCAGACCGGAUAUAUAGAGCGAGAAGAGUUGAGGAAGAUGGUUUUGGCGCUUUUACAUGAAUCGGAUCUGAUAUUAUCAGAUGAUGAUGUUAAAACAAUUGUGGAUAAGACAUUUACCGAAGCAGAUACGAAGGGCGAUGGAGUGAUUGAUCAAGAAGAGUGGAAGGAAUACGUGUCGAAGAAUCCGUCGCUGAUCAAGAACAUGACCCUUCCCUAUUUAAAGGACAUGACUUUUGCAUUUCCCAGUUUCUUGUUGAGUGCUGAAGUUGAAGAUUCAGAAAUAUAGACAUUAAAAUAUGUGAAGGGUCAAAAGUGUCUCUUGCUGGUGAACAUUUUGAAUCAUGGUCUCGGUGAUUGCCCACAAGUUGCACUCUCCUGUCUUCAAUUUCUUCUUCUUUAGACUAGGGGUGGGGAAGCGGAUUAGAUGUGCAUAGAGUUGGCAAAGUGUACGAUCAUGGGGUUCCAAUCCUUUUUUUAUGUUUUGCAGCACUGAAGAUUUGUGUGUAUAGUGUCGACUGUAAAUUUUGCAAUACCAGUGGUUUCUCAUAAAGGAACCAUGGACUGUUCUGCUUUUGUUUUGUUUUGUUUUAUUUUUUCUUGAAAAAGAAGAGAAAAGAAAUAGAAAACAUGGUUUAAAUCUUAGGCAUUGUAUCGGGAUCCAAUCCCAUCAAGUGAUACGAAAAAGAUUUAAGUCUCAA